AUGGCUGCCACGUUCUUCUCCGUCCUGUCUCUUGCGACAGCUGCCGCUGCUUCCAGCGUGCUUCAGCUCAAUGGUACUUCCUACUAUACACCGGAUCUGGUAGAAGCCACACUUGAGGGCGAUGCACUUGUCCAGAAGACCACCCCGUUCACAUUCCUUGAGUUUGCGGAUGCAGCUUGUUCAGAAGCAGACGUUUCAGCUCUCGUUGGAAACUUUCUUACCAAGGAUGAUGUCUUCACCGAGCCGUUCCUGGCUACAGUUCUCCUGUCCACAGAAUCAGGAGCUCCUGUUGAGCUGGCUGAAGAUGCCAAAUCCUACCUGGAGCAGUCUGCUGUCCUUCAUGGUUCGUUGAACGGAACACUUCGACCAGGUCCUUACUUCCUCCACCCUGACGGCACCAUCACCAAAGCGUACAGACUUUACGCAGAUCCAAACUUCGCUUUUGUGGAGUCGGUCACGGCUGGUGAAGAUGGGGCAUAUGUUCCAGUGACAGGCUCGACCGGAGAUCGCGCAAAUGGCGGCGUCAGUGUUGCAGUGCCUUCUCGACUAUACUACCCACCACCAAGCGAAGAACGCCCACUCGAGGGUAAGAGAUUAGGCGUCAAGGACAUCUUCGAUAUCAAAGGCAUCCGAACGUCUGCUGGCUCGAGAUCUUACUUCGCAUUAGACAAGAUUGCGAGCGAGACGGCUCCAUCUCUACAGGCGCUGGUGGAUCUAGGCGCUGUAUUGGUUGGAAAAACGAAGACGACCCAGUUUGCUCUCGGUGAGGCUCCGACAGUCGACUAUGUGGAUCAGCUUGCUCCAUUCAAUCCUCGUGGCGAUGGCUAUCAGAACCCACAAGGUUCGUCAAGUGGCACAGGUGCCGGUGUGGCUUCCUACGAAUGGCUUGACUUCGGAACUGGAUCAGAUACGGGAGGAUCCGUACGCUUGCCUUCCAUGCAGAAUGGUCUUUUCGGCAUGAGGACUUCCAGCCAAGCUCUGCCUGUCGACGGGAUUGCUCCGAUCACGCCAGUCUUCGACACACCCGGCCUUCUUGCGCGGUCUGCCAGCCUUUUGAAAACGGCAUACGGCGCAUGGCUGCCAGCUGCCCCUUACUCAUCCUACCCGAAACGGAUUCUUCUACCAGAAGAGUUCUGGCCGCCAGUUAACGCGACCAGCUCCGCCAACGAAACGUUCUCGACCUUUCUCAAUUCCCUGUCAGACUUCCUCUCGGCGCCUCUCGAGUCUAUCGGCCAGAACGAUUCUUUCAUCGCCCAUACCGGCCACCCCGCCGGAGUCUCCUGGCUCAGCAACUCAUACUCCAACAUCACCAAGUACGACCAAGUAAGGCUCGUGCGUGACCCCCUCGUGGCCGAGUACCAAGCCAAGUACGACGGAGCCUAUCCAUUCUUUAAUCCAGUAGCGAUGGUUGAAUGGGCUUGGGGCGAGCAGGUCACACCAGAAGGCUACGAAUCCGCUCGCUCCCGCGUCAAGACGUACGAAGAGUGGUUCAGGAGCCAGCUCGUGCCGACCUGCGAGGAAGCCAUUGUCGUGUACCCCAUGGGAGCUGGCAAUCCCUUGUACAGGAAUGUCUACCGUGCCCCACCAACACUGUUUGCAGGCGCCUAUUCGGGGAAUCUGCAAGCUGUGUACGCUGGGUGUCCGGACAUUACCGUUCCCAUUGGAACCAAUACGUACAAUUCGACGAUCUCGAAGAGGGUGGAGGAGCUGCCUGUUACGGUCGGGAUCAUUGCUGGCGCGGGCUGUGAUACCAUGUUGACGGACCUGGUGGCGGAGCUCGCGGAGAAGGGUGUCAUUGUUGGAGAAGUCAAGACUGGCAAAACGCUCUAUUGA